AUGUCUGGGGUCGCGGGCUUCGGUCUCGGUGCCCUGUUUGGCAUGUUUAUGGCCUCGAUGGCGUACGAUACCCCCUUCCACACAGCGGCACCGGUGACGAGUACACCGGCCGCAUCAACGACCGCCAGCACCGCCACGACGACGAGCGGGACGGCGGCAACUUCCUCUUCAACGACAGCACAGCCCAAGGCCGCGACAUCCUCAUCCCCCAUCGCUCGCGCCGCCGCAGCGACGGCCAACAGCACCGUCGCGCCCAUCAAGACACCCACAGCCGCCGCCGCAGCCGCGACAACCUCAGCAGCAGCAGCAGCAGCGCCGUCAGCGUCAGCAGCCGCCGGCGCCGCCAUGCUGCCCAACCCGGGCGCCCCCUUGUCCUCGCUGCCGCUGCGCCAGCAGCUGGCCGUGGGCUUCAAGGACAUGGGCGCGCGGUCGUACAGCACGGCCAAGAACUUCGCCAUGGUGGGCGCGCUCUUCAGCGGCAUCGAGUGCGGCAUCGAGGGCCUGCGGGCCAAGAACGACAUGGGCAACGGCGUGGCGGCGGGCUGCAUCACGGGCGCGAUACUGGCGCGCAACGGGGGUCCCCAGGCCGCGGCCGUGGGGUGCGCCGGCUUCGCGGCCUUCUCGGCGGCCAUCGAUGCCUGGUUGAGGAUGCCCAAGGAUGAGUAA